GCCAACCGCUGGCAGCGCCACGUACAACGAUCGCCGCAGUGCGAUUUUACUCGAUUUAUAAAUUGAUGUCCCUCCGAAUCUUCGCCGCUUCUAGCCACUCUCUACUUAGCAAGGACCCAUUUCUCGCGCCUCGACUCUCUGUACUUCGGCCAUUCAUUUCAACGUUCGCAAUGUCUCAUCGGCCCAACUAUCAAGGCGGCCGUCGAGGCGGCUCUUCGGGAGGAGGACGCGGUGGCGCCCGACGUGGCGGAGGCGGAGGCGGUGGCGGUGGCAGAGGCGGCGGUGGUAGAGGCGAGCAACGUUGGUGGGACCCAGUCUGGCGGGCCGAGCGUCUGAGACAAAAGGCUGCUGAGAUGGAGGUUCUUAAUGAAAAUGAAUGGUGGACUAAGAUGGACCAGAUGAAAAGAGGAGGGGAACAAGAGAUGAUAAUUAAGCGUAAUUUCAGUCGAAGUGACCAAGAAAUCCUUUCUGAUAUGGCUCAUCAGCAGGGUCUUUACUUCCAUGCAUAUAAUACGGGGAAGACCCUUGUGGUUAGUAAAGUUCCGUUGCCAGAUUACCGGGCUGAUCUUGAUGAACGCCAUGGGUCCACGCAGAAGGAGAUUCGUAUGACUACAGAAAUGGAGAGGAGAGUUGGAAAUCUUUUGGAUAACUCACAUGGUCAGGGAAGAGACCAUAAUGUUUCUUCCACUGCAUCAGUUGGAGCAAGCAAACAGUUACCAACUUCUGUAAAUAGCACAAAACCUGCCUACAAGUUGGGGACUGAUACUGCAAAGGAUAAAUUUAGUGCUGAACUUCAGCAGAAACAAGAACAGAUGAAAGUAAAUUUGCUAUUCUUUUGCAAUGAUAUUCUCUCUCUCUAUACAUGUAAAUAUCGUGUUACCUAUUAUGCAUUGCAGGGAAGUGAUGGCUUGAAAGCAAUGCUGGCAUUUAGAGAAAAGCUUCCUGCCUUCAAAGURAAGUCUGAAUUUUUAAAAGCAAUGACAGAAAACCAGGUAUUGGUUGUUUCAGGAGAGACAGGUUGUGGUAAAACCACACAGCUCCCUCAAUUUAUUUUAGAAGAGGAGAUAUCAAAACUUCGUGGUGCUGACUGUAGGAUAAUAUGCACCCAACCUCGGCGUAUAUCUGCUAUUUCAGUUGCUGCUCGUAUAUCCGCUGAAAGGGGAGAAAAUCUUGGUGAAACAGUUGGAUAUCAGAUACGACUGGAAGCGAAACAAUCAGCCCAGACACGACUACUAUUUUGCACUACUGGAGUUCUACUCCGGCAGUUGGUUCAGGACCCACAAUUGACUGGUGUUAGCCAUUUGCUUGUGGAUGAAAUACAUGAAAGAGGCAUGAAUGAGGACUUUUUAUUAAUAAUUCUGCGGAACCUUCUUACUCAGCGGCCAGAUUUACGUCUUAUUUUAAUGAGUGCCACCAUCAAUGCAGACUUGUUCUCCAAAUACUUUGCGAAUGCCCCAACCCUACACAUACCAGGAAAAACAUUUCCUGUGACAGAGUUCUUUCUUGAGGAUGUGCUGGAGAAAACUCGUUAUAAUAUCAAGUCAGAGUCUGAAAAUUUUGAAGGAAAUUCAAGGAGAAGAAGGAGACAGCAGGAAUCUAAGAAGGAUCCAUUAUCAGAAUUAUUUGAGGAUGUUGAUAUUGAUACUGAGUACAAAAAUUAUAGUACAUCUACGAGAAAAUCACUUGAAGCCUGGUCUGGAGCACAACUUGAUUUGACUCUGGUGGAGUCAACUAUUGAGUAUAUUUGUCGCCAUGAGGGUCAUGGUGCUAUUCUUGUAUUCCUUACUGGUUGGGAUGACAUUUCUAAACUGCUUGAGAAAGUUAAAGCAAACAAUUAUCUUGGAGAUCCUGGAAAGUUCUUAGUUCUUCCAGUACAUGGUUCCAUGCCAACCAUUAAUCAGCGUGAAAUAUUUGAUAGUCCUCCCCCCACCAAAAGAAAAAUUGUGCUGGCAACUAAUAUUGCUGAGAGUAGUAUCACCAUAGAUGAUGUUGUCUAUGUCAUAGAUUGUGGAAAAGCAAAGGAAACAAGUUAUGAUGCUCUGAACAAGCUUGCUUGUCUGUUACCAUCAUGGGUUUCCAAGGCUUCAGCACAUCAGAGGCGAGGUCGUGCUGGUCGUGUGCAACCUGGUGUUUGUUAUAGACUCUAUCCAAAAAUUAUCCAUGAUGCAAUGCUUCAGUAUCAGUUGCCUGAAAUUCUGAGAACUCCUUUACAAGAGCUUUGUCUGCAUAUCAAAAGUUUGCAGCUAGGUACUGUUGGAUCAUUUUUGGCACAGGCAUUACAACCACCAGAUCCUCUUGCAGUCCAGAAUGCCAUUGAACUUCUCAAAACAAUUGGUGCUUUAGAUGAUAUGGAGGAGCUUACACCACUGGGCCGUCAUCUUUGCACUCUACCUCUGGACCCAAAUAUAGGGAAAAUGCUUCUCAUGGGUUCUAUAUUUCAAUGCCUCAAUCCCGCCUUGACCAUUGCUGCUGCUCUGGCUCACCGUGAUCCAUUUAUCUUGCCCAUAAAUAGGAAAGAGGAAGCAAAUGAUGCAAAGAAAUCAUUUGCCGGUGAUUCUUGCAGUGACCAUGUUGCUCUUCUUAAAGCCUUUGAAGGAUGGAAGGAUGCAAAAAGAAAUGGAGGUGACAGAUCGUUCUGUUGGGAUAACUUUUUAUCUCCAGUAACCUUGCAGAUGAUGGAUGACAUGAGAAUGCAGUUUCUGGAUCUUCUAUCUGAUAUUGGCUUUGUGAACAAGUCUAGGGGUCCAAGUACAUACAACCAAUACAGCCACGAUUUGGAGAUGGUCUGUGCAGUGCUCUGUGCUGGAUUAUAUCCAAAUGUCGUGCAAUGUAAACGAAGAGGAAAGAGGACAGCCUUCUACACUAAGGAAGUUGGGAAAGUGGAUAUUCAUCCCGGAUCUGUUAAUGCAGGGGUUCAUCUCUUGCCCCUACCUUACAUGGUUUACAGUGAGAAGGUCAAAACAACCAGUAUAUUCAUUAGAGACUCUACCAAUAUAUCAGAUUAUGCCUUAUUGUUGUUCGGUGGUAAUCUUGUACCUAGCAGAAGUGGAGAUGGCAUUGAAAUGCUCGGUGGCUACCUUCAUUUUUCUGCAUCAAAGAGCGUUUUAGAUUUAAUAAAGAAAUUGCGUGGCGAACUCGACAAGCUUCUGAAUAGGAAGAUUGAGGAGCCAGGCUUUGACAUUUCUACAGAAGGAAAGGGAGUUGUGGCAGCUGCAGUUGAGUUAUUACACAGUCAAGUUCAUCAUUAAUUCAAGUUUGCUUCUUUCAGCAUCAACUACUUACAAAUAGARUAGAACAAAAGGGUUGAUCUGUUCUUUGUGUAGGGUACCCUUAACUGAAUAUGGUAUAUAAUGAUCCCUAAUCAAUAGAGCUAUUCAUUUUGUUGGUUGGGAAUAGUCUGCAAACGUUAUUGUUUCUCAGUGAUUACAUUUUGCCAACUUAAUUACAUGCAAUUUUUGACCUUAUUGUAUUUGAAACAUCAUUAUAUUUCUUUGAUCUGUUGAUCGGAGAUUAAUAAUCCAUGGAACUGAAUGUAUCUUUCAUUUCA